GACGACGGCUUUGAAAAGUUUUAAUUAGGAAUGAAAUGCCUGUGAAGAGUAAAGCUAGCUUUUUGGAGGCAUAUAAUAGCCUCACGGACAAACAUUUGGUAAACUAUUUUUCUACAUCUCGGAUGAGACGGCAUCUUAUAAACAAUGGACUAAUUACAGAGAAUGGUGAAGUCAUACCGGAAUCGGAAUAUAAAGAGACAAAAAUUCGUGAAAGUCUAAAACGCGCCUUUUUAGAAGUUAUUGCUCAUGCUGUGGUUGAAAAAUCACUAGAAGUAGAACGUUUACGCCAGGGAAAAUUACAAAGGGAUUUAGAGGAAUUAUGUCGCUUAAACAGAGUUAAGCGGUUGAGAGAAGAACGUCAACAACGUUCAGAAGAAGCGAUACUAUCUAAGUUAGUAAUCAACAGUCCAAGAUCAAUAGAGAAAUCAGAAUUUUUAGAAACACACUACUCAAAUAAUACGACUAAUCAAAAUAAUCAACAAAAGAUAAACAAGAAAAAAUCAAUAAAAAGAAAACAUUCUCAAAAGAAUAAACAAUUUCAUCAUCAAAUUAUUACGUCAUCAUUAAUGCCUUAUUCAUCAGAAUAUUCUUAUUAUUAUCGACAACCAAAGUCUCCAUUUCAUAGAUCAUUCAAUUCUUCAAAUAUUAAAAUAAACAAUAAACAAUUAAGAACUUUUACUAAACAUUCUAAAUAUCAUCAUCAUAAUAAUAAUCAUAACAAGUCAAAGGAUAGAGAUAUUCAAGGAGAUCAACAUACAAAAACAAUUGAUGAUUUCCAUCAUGAGAAUACUAGUCAUAAUGCUUCAGAACAAGUGGAUGAUUAUAAUAUUUGUCGAAAUAAUAAUAAUAAAGAGGUUAGAGAAGCAAGGAAAACAUUGAAUCAGUAUAGACUGCCUUCUCAGACUGAAGUAAAACAAACUUCAUGUAUUGUCAAAUUUAUGUAUCUUGGUAUAUCAAGUACAGAAGAGUCAAAAAUACAACAUACAAUUGAUCAACAAAAGAAUAAGAAAGAAGAAAAGAAUUCUAUGAAUAAUAAUAAUGAUACUAAUCAAUCAUUGUCACGUUUAAUUACAGUAAUUCAACAACCAAAUGGUGGUAAUACACAUACUCUUUUUAAAGGUCUACUUCAACCAGGUGAUACAUUCCAGAUUAUUUCGAAACGAGUAUAUGGUUUUCCGUUUUCCCUAACUAUUUAUGUUGAUGGUACACAGGAUACACGUAUUAGUGCAUGUUGUGAGUAUCGGCAUAGACAAGGAGCUCGUAUUGGUGGAAAACAUGGCCAUUUUAUCUAUUUAUCUGUUGAAGGUUCAUUUCCAUGCUUUAGAUGUCGAGCACUUAAAAAGCUGAAACAACGACAACAGCAAGAAAAGAUGAAAAGAAAAGAAAAAUUCACCACUGAUGAAAAUGAUAACAAAAUACAACAGGAAGAAGCAGAUGAAUAUGACAGUAGUGAUGAUUUGAAAGUUUAUGAAGAUGAUUUUGAAACAGAAGACAAAAAAAUUAAUGGAGAUGGCGAUUACAAUGAAGUAGAAGAAAAAUUGGAAGUUGUUCAACCAUCAGGAAUAAAUAAAGUAGAUAUCAUCACAUUGAAUCGUGAGAAUACACUUUCAUCUAUUCACAAUAAUGAUUUCGAUCCACUUAGUUCUUUGUCGACAACUUCAAGGCAUAAUUGUCGAGAAGAUUCUCAUUUGUCUUCAAUAGAACCUGAAAAAACAGAUGAUUCCAAAGAUAAUAAAAGAAAUGGUUAUGAUGAAAUCAAUUUUAUGGAAUAUUUUCAAGCUGCUUUACAUUCACUUGUCUUGAAUGAAAAUAAUAUUAAUGGUUGUUUACGUUGUAUAAUUUGGUUAAGUAUCUCACCUAAAAAAUGUACCCUAAUGGAAUAUGAUAAUGAUGAUGAUGAUGAUGAUCCAAAGGAAUUAACCAAGAAAAAUCAAUUUUGUGAAGCAAUUAUUAGACAACAGGAUGAAGAAUUAAUGCGCCUUGUUUUACCACAACCGAAUACUGGUGAUAAAUUGAAACUGCGCUGGCCAUUGAAUGAUUUGAAGAUUACAGAUAAAAUCAAAUAUGUUGAUUUUUGUAAUUUGUCGAAUGUUUUAACCAUACCUCUAUCUGAUGUUGAAAAACUUGAGCUGUCUUUAGAAAUACCAGAAGAGGAUAUCAUGUAUAAAUUUGUGGAACAUUCAUCAUUAAAAGAUGAUCGUUUGAUUACAUUCAGAAAUCCUUUGAAAAUAAUCCUUGAAGAUGAAGAAAAUGAUGAAAUGAAUAGUUAUUCACUGUUACGAUUUCUAUAUGAAUUAAAUAACGGGUGUAAUGAUGAUAUAGAAAAUGAAAAUCCAACUGAACGUUUUGAAAAUAUCAAAGAUGAUUAUGACAGUGGAAAAUCAAGUGAAUCGUCUCCUCCAGUAUCACCGUCACUUGCUGAAAAAAAGAUUAAAUCACCUGUAAAGAAAAAGAAAAACUCCAAAUCAUCAUCGUCUUCAUCGUCAUCCUCCUCCUCAUCAUCAUCAUCAUCAUCAUCAUCAUCAUCAUCGUCGUCGUCAUCAUCAUCAUUGCAUUCACCUUCUUCAAAGUUGAAGUCAUCUAAAAUCACUUCAACAAAUAUCUUCUCGAAUCAGUCGAACAGUCCAUUAACAUCAGACACUUUAACACGAACAUUUGAAAAGGAAUCUGAAAAUCAACCAUCUAUCAUAGAACAAGAAUUAAAUCGUUUAAAUCAAACUGAUGAAAUACUUGAUUUGGAAUGGAUAAAUCUAUGUGAAAAUAAGACUGUUGAAUAUUCUAUUGAAAAUACUACAACUACUGUUAAUUAUGAAAAUAUGAAAAGGAAUAAUAGUACUGAAUCAUUGGAAAAUAACACGAAACAAGAUCCUACUAUUACUUCAGUUAUUCACAAUGACAAUGUUUAUCAAAACUGUGAAUUUCAGUCAUCAUCAUCAUCAUCAUCAGUAACAAGUGGUCGGUCAAUGGAAUUAAAUUCAUCAUUAUACAAUAAGAAUCAAGUUGUAGACGGUAUUUCUCAGCAUUCUUUACCUACAUCAUCAUCAGUGCUGCCUUCGUCUACUAUUAGUUCAUCAUCAUCACCUCCUCCAGUCUUUACUACUACUCUGAUUGGCCUAGAAAAACCACAACUAUCGUCCAAUUCUUCGAUUGAUGAGGAUAUUUCAUUAAAAUCAAUUGAUUCAAAGGAAAAAUACAUUCAAUCUAAUAAUUGUAAAGUGACUACUAACAAUAAUGAUCAUGAAAUGUUGACAGAAUUCGUUUAAACAUUACAAAAAUCUGAUAUU